CAAGUCGCAAUUAGGUAGAGGAACCGCAGGUCCGAACCCGCCAACCUCAGUCGUCGAUAUUGCUAAUUUCCGAGGACGACGUCGUUUCUCUCCCUCCCAUGGCUUCCGUAGAGAAUCCCCAAAAGAAGCGAAGGCUGCACGACUCCGAAGCAGAGCCACCAUCUUCACCGCCGCCGUUAUCUCCGCCGCCUCCACCUCCUCCGCCACAAACCCUAACCCAACCGCAGAGCUCGGCAGCUCCAGAAUCUCUCUCACAGGAUGAAAUCCUCAGGAAACGAAGACACCGAGACGAGAUUCGAGGGGUUUACGACUGCUAUAAACGCAUCAAGUUCUGCCUAUCCAAGAAGGACUCGGCUCUCACCGCCGAUAUCGAGCAAGCCUACCUCUCGCUCAUCACCGCCUCCAGAGGUUGUACGAGUGUACAACGCAUUGUGGCUGAUCUGAUUCCUAAAUAUGCUUCGAAAUGUCCCACUGCUCUUGAAGCCGCGGCGAGAGUUGUUGUCAAUAUGCAUAACUGGAGUGUGGGGCUGAUAAAUAGAGGAGAGGAUACUAAUGGCUUUGCAUUUCAGACUGCGAAAUCGUGUAUUAUUGGUCUAUCGGAUAUUUGCUGCACUGCUUCCUUGGUUGCGUCAACAUCAUCUGUCAUUCGUGGAAUUUGCUCUGGUGUUUUCCAGAAUGUGCUUACUUUCUUUAUAAAGUCGUUUGAGGGAAAGGAUGUUUUUCGGAGUGUUUGUAAAGAAACUGUGAGAAUGCAAGAUUCCGUUGAUAUGUUUAUUGAGCUGAAGGAGAAGUUUUCUGACGGAAAUGAACCUCCUGUGACUAAGUUAUCCCGGUUACGUGCUCUUUGUUUGCUGUGGAUUUUCUUUUGUUGUCCUAGAGAUUCACUUGCAGCCUGCUUUGAGCUCUUGAAAUCUACCUCAUCGGAGGGAGUUCUUAAAGGGCAGUAUUUUCUAAGUCAGAUAACAAGCAAACUUGAUAAGGAUGGGGGGCAUCAUUUGGGCAAAAUUAGUGAUGAACCUAAAACAAGUACAUCUUCUGUUGAAACAAGCAACGGAAGCAACAAUGUUAGCUCUGAGCAGCUAGCAUCAGAUGGCAACAAUGUCUUUGGAGAUGCAAUUUCAGUUUCAAGGAGCUGCUUGUUAGAGCUGUUACCACUUGUCUUUCUAGAAUUUAAAUGGAGUGAAGUUCCGUACAAUGGUGUUAGAGGCCUUGUUGAGUUCAAUGAAUUAGUUGAUGUUCUUAGUAAAGAUCCAUUAUUGCAAUCUUGGAUGCUCUUUAAAUAUAAGAAGUUACGUAGAUUGCGAUCUAUUUCAGAUUUCAAAUCUGCUUUGGAGGAUAUCUUUAAAUCUUGUAUACAUGUGAUGGACGUAGAAGGUAAUCAAGUAGACAGUGAUGAGGAUGAUUCUGAUCCGUCGAGAUUUAUCAAUCGACCAUAUCUGGCGCCUAGAUUCUCUAACCCACAUGAAACAAGCAGUAAUGUUUAUUCUGAUAGAGUGUCAGGUCAACAUAUGAAAGCUCGCAGCUCUGUAAUGCCUCUUGAAGCUAAUAGUCACCCAAUGGGGUCCCAUCAGGAUAGUGGUGUUGCAAGGCCCAUGGACUUUGAGAUUAGGGAGCAUGGAGAUAUGUCACAUGGCAGGUCUUCUAUGCCCAGGGACGUAGUGAACAACCAGAUGCCUUCACCUGUCGCAAGGUCUCCAUUAAACUUCAGGAGCAAUUCGUUUGAUGGGAGAAACCAUGUUCAUUUUGAGAAGAACAAAGAUACAAAUUUGGAUUUUGGUUCACCUUCCAUGAGAUCUUCAAGUGGAGGUGUUAACAGUUCUUUUGAAUCUCCCAAAUGUCAUUCUGUGUCGUCAUAUGCUUCCCCCAAAACUCAAGUCAUUUGGUAUUCUGAUGGGGAUAUUGCAGCCAUGGACAUUUUCUCUGCUUCUAAACAGCUCUGGCUGGGCUUGGGUUCUGAUGUAACAGAAGCCCAUGUAAGGUUUCAGUUAGAAAGGUUUGGUGCCAUGGAACAAUUUUUUUUCUUUCCUCACAAAGGAUUUGCCUUAGUUGAAUAUAGAAACAUUCUUGAUGCCAUUAAGGCUCGUGAAUAUACACGGAGGCAAUUUCCUUGGUGCAUAAAGUUUAUGGAUACAGGACUGGGAACUAGAGGUGCUAUGAAUGGUGUUGCAGUUGGUUCUAGUAGUCAUGUUUAUGUCGGAAAUGUUUUAAGUCAAUGGGCCAGGGAUGAGAUUCUUCAUGAAUCAAGGAAGGUGCUUCGCAAGAGUCCUUACUCAGUCACUGAUUUUAGCAAUGAAGGUGCAUUACUGAUGGAAUUUGAUACUCCUGAAGAAGCUGCUGCUGUGUUGGCACAUCUCAGACUACAUCGUAAGGAAAGGAGCAACCACAGGGCACCAUAUGGUGCCGGACCAACUAAUGUCGUAGUAUCUCACAUUGAUGGUGCCAGAUCUGCGCCUACCCCAACCCAUGUUGACAUCAGAAGCAACCUUGGAAACAUGUCAAAUACUGCUGCUACACCAUUCACUGCAAAACAUGAAAGCCACCCAAUGGAGCUUGUAUCUCCUAGAGUAAACUCUGAGAAUCAGGGGAAUUCGGUACAAAGUGGUUAUAUGUUUCAGUCAAACAGAGCUGUUACUGGCUCUACAGAGAUGCUUGAAGCUGGCACUAGGAGAGUUGAUGGUUAUGACAGUAACAUAGCUGUGAAUCCUACACAAGGAGGUGGUCAUGUUGCUUCUCAUGCCAGUGAACCUAGGUGGUUGUAUUCAAAACCUGGAAUGGAGCUGCACUCUGCACCAGGAAGCAUUCCAUGCAUUCCUGUACCAACACAGGGACCUCCUGCUCCACCACCUCCACAAAUUUCCUCAUCUCCAUUUAUGCGACCUGUUUACCCUCCUCCAAAUAGUUCUUGGGAUCCACGGGGUUCAAGUCAUAAUCAUCCUAUGAACCCAAUAUCACCUGGUGUAGUCCCCAACAAUUUUCAUGGUAAUGCUAUUGUACCUCCCUUCAUUCCUGCUUCUGUGACUCCUCUUGCACAAAUACAGGGAGCUCCAGGGCAGCAAUAUGAUCGUAUGUUUUCAGUGCCGACAGCACCACCACUAUUAUCAUCUCAAAUGCCACCUCCUCUACCUGAAAUGCCACCUCCAUUGUCCCCACCUCCACCGCCUUUGCCUCAAUCACAGCCACCUUUUGUUCCCCCUCCACCCUGUUCGCCCUCUCCUCCUGUUCCUGUUUCAGAACCAUCUGUUUUGGAAACUGCCGGACAACCCUCACAAUAUCAGUGGCAGGGAACAUUGUGUAAGAGUGGUGUCCAUUACAGUACAGUCAAUGCAUAUAGAGUGGAUUCUGAUAUUUGUAAAUAUUCCAAUGCCACUUCUGAACCUAUAGAAUGGCCUCUUAAAUUAGACAUGACCAAGCGUACAGAUUUUCGGCAUGUGAAGUCGACAUUUACUAGCACCCCAUCACAUAAGAGGGAAGUGUGUCGGUUGAUCCCAUCUUCUGCAGCAGAUCAGAAAGGCUUUCAGGAUUUCUUGUCAUACUUGAAGCAGAGGGACUGCUCUGGAGUGAUUAAGAUCCCAGCUAUGAAUUCCAUGUGGGCCAGGCUUCUCUUCAUACUUCCAUACUCGGAGGAGACUUGCUCUAUGCUCUCUAUUGCACCGUGUCAACCUGAUUGCCUCAUUGCUUUAAUAUUACCUAAAGAAACAAAUUUUGAGUGGGUAUAAUCUGAGUUUAGGAUAUGGGUGGGCAUUUUGUGUUCAUAAUGGUAGUCUGUAGACACAGUACAUAAACUAAUUGUGAUGCUUUUUAUUGUAGUUGAGUUUCAGCUUUCCUACAACUCUGGUUCGAGGUAAAUGCAUGCAUUGUUUUAAUUCUCU